AUGCAUCAGCCCACACCAGCGAGACAGUCGAUCUUUAAGUCCCAAGCGCAGUAUAACCUGCAGCCUACCGAGGACGUAGACGAGGACCACAAUGAGCUGGACAAAGAGAAACAUCCACCUCCAAUACCGACGCGACCAGAUUAUCGACCCAAACCAUUGCAAUGGCCAUUCAUCGUAUGCAUGAUUCUCAUUCUCUCCAUCCUUGUGGGAUUGGUGAUCUAUGCGCGCAACACGAUGCCGAAUUCAGACAGCACAGCAGUAAUAGAGCCUCGCAAUUACUUGGAAGAGAAGGCACAAGUCACAACCAACCCUUCGGCAUCAGCAAGUGAGACCCAGAGUCAAUCGGUGUUAAGACCAUCUCCAUCGGUGCUGUCUGAAGGUCUUCCUACUACUACUGCUAUAGACCACGCGAUUUCAGUGGCUACACCAUCGACGUCUUUAUCGGGAACUGGAUCCAGUGGCACAACCAUUCCCGGAAGUACUAGCGAUACCACGUAUACACGAGUGAUUACGACUGGAACACAAAGAACAGUGACGAGGACCGUGGCGAGUAGCAACGUUGUUGUCACCGCGACGAUACCCGAGCAAACCACCCAAACAGAUGUUAUCAGCGAUGAAGAAACAACCUAUUACCAGACGACCACUAAGACCGUUGGCCGCGUGACGACUUCAACCUCGGCUACACCCGCCUCAACUGUCGUCGAAAUCACCAAUGAGGUUGGUGAGGCCACCAUAACUUCAACAGGCCAGUUUAUAUUGCCAGCAACGGUCAGCACCUAUACCUCUAUCAUUGUUUCCGCCGUACCGACGACUAUUGCGAGUGUCGCUACCUCGACUGCUGCGGGGGUGGUGUACGUAUCCGUAGGGACAACCGAGAUCACCAGAGUCAUUACCAUCCCCGGAGGUUCUAGAGGUCAGCAGAGUGAACAGCCUUCCCCAGUUACACAAAUCAUCACCAGUGUGUUCGACGGGAAGGUGGUGACUGUUGUGGAAACAAGGAAACCUCAGAUUUUCGUGACCAAUGUCGGGGGCCUUUCCACUCUCAGUACGAUCACAUCUACUCCAAAGCCUAGCACACGGGUUUCCACGAUUGGUCCAUCCACGGCUUUAUUCACCUCUGUUUCGCAGCCAUCGUCGACGAGCAAACCUGACACCGUCAUAACCGAAAUAGAAAAGUUUGCCUUCACCGAUGGUGAUUACUUCCUCGGCAAGUUUCUUCCUGUGAUUUUGGCCGUCAUGGUUGCAAUUCCUCUACGAAUCAUCGAUCUCAACGCGAAGCUGUACCAACCCUUCCAUGCAUUAUCCCAAGAAGGAGGCGCACUCGGUAGGAAUAGCAUGACGAUCCAAUUCGAAGGCUGGAAUGGGUUCUUGGCCCCAUUCAAAGUCCUCAAGCAAGGCCACCCGGUCCCUUUCAUCACGACACUGAUGGUAUGGUCAUCGUCCCUCCUGGCGCCCUUGGCAACUGAGGCAAUCGGAAUGAAGUUGCACGGGAAAUGCAAAAUCAACGCCAUCGACGGCUGCGGUAUUCAACUAGGUGUCUCACCAAAAUCAGCCUACAUAUUGAUCGCGUUGCUCAUUUUCAUCGUCGCUCUUCUGCUGCUUCUGCUUUAUCUCCUCCGAAGCUGGAAGACCGGACUCCACGCGAAUCCUUGGAGCAUCGGGGGAAUUUCGUCCCUCUCUCUGAACGCAGAAAUUCGGCCACAUCACCUCAACUUCAAAACCACCGAAGGGGCCAUGGCAGACAAGAAUUACAUGCUGGGGUUCUUUCGAAAUAGGCACGAUCAAGACGAGUACGGCUUCAUCUACUAUGACGAAUCAGCCGACAACCUACAAUCGGCAGGGUCAGGAGCACUAUCGACUGAUGACGAGGUGGACAUGAUCAAAAGUCCGUACAACACUGUGACCAAUCCUCAGAAAACAAACCCCUUCAUCGCGCUUACGUACUGGUGGCGUAUUUUGUUCAUGUCUUUCCUUCUUGCCUUGUUCAUCAUCAUACUUCACUACCACAUUACGCUGGGUUUCCGUACUUCUUUCAAAGACUUCAUGGACAGUCAGACAUUUGGACUCCGUUUCUUCCUUGCUGCGUUGGGUGUUAUCAUCAUCUUCUGCUGGGAGUCGAUUUUCAUCAGUAUCGCCAUUGUCAGUCCAUAUUAUCACAUGGGCCGACAUUCUCAACGACCAGAAUCAUCUAUCCUUAUAACACGCCCCACAAACGGAUUCUACGGCGUUUACGCCGCGAUCCUUGACGGCGAUAUCGUGCUAAUGCUGGCAGCUUUCAUGUCCAUAAUGGCCGAGUUCCUCCCGAUGCUGUUGGCUAAUGUGCCAUACAACCUGACUCAAACACUUAGCUCGCACAACGCCUGCUCUAUCAUCAGUAUCACAAUCUUAGUGCUGAUGAUAGUGGCUGUGGGGGCAAGUUUAUUCAUCAAGUGGCCUGGAAUGCCAGUCGACCCGCGGAGCAUUGCCGGAGCGAUGUAUUACGUCAACGAAAGCCGUAUGCUAGAUGACUUUGAAGGUCUUUCUCAACUUUCAUCGUUUGACAGAAACAGGAAAGUUGGGGAACUGGGACGGAGGUACUUUUACGGCGAUCUGACCGGGACACAUGGGAGGCGUGUGGGCGUCGAGUCGGCAGAGAGUGUGGAAGACACUGUGUAUACUGGAGCAAAUUGGCUUCCACCACAUGAUGGCGGAAGGAAUCGGGAACAGGAAGCUUGCGUUCAUCGUGAUGAAGGUACGACUAGUCCGGAUGAUGAUACGGGUUCAAGGCAGAUAACAAUUCACGAAGAAGGGUGA